UCUGAUCUGUCAGUACAGAGCCCAGCAUGGGGCUUGAACCCACAAACUGUGAGAUCAUGACCUGAGCCAAAGUCGGAGGCCUAACCGACUGAGCCACCCAGGUGCCCCACCAGUGUCUAUGCUCUUAACACAGCUUCCUCUGUGUUGGGGUCAGGUUUCCUGAACAGUUGGGGCUGGCCUGAGUUAGAAGUCAGAAAGAGAAAAAGAAUGCACACUGAGUGUUCUUCCCUCCUGAUUGAGUCUUCCACCACCUGUAAGAAACGUAGGCACCACUGUAACCCUGUUUCCUGGGGAGGCAGUAGAGAUGUGUUGAGAUUUUCCAGUCUCAUUGCCAGGAAGUAGCAGAGAGCCCCAGCCCUCAAUACUCAGCCCUGCACACACUGCCACUGAAGCAAGAUGGGAGAAGGUAUGUGAAACCCACCUGCACGUGGGUCUGGGGGAGAGGUGGGGAAGCUAAAAUAGAGGGACUGGGAGGGUCUGCCCACAGUGCCCUUCCCAGUUCCCAGAGGACGACUUCCAUGGUGGGAGCAAGUUUGCUCUAUGUUGGACUCUAAGGUUUUUACAUUCAACAAUUCUGAGUUUUUCAGACAAGGCACGUAGGGGCUAAUUGUCCAAGGUCACUCACAUAGUACAUGGGGAAACUGGGAUUUGAACCAAGGCAGUCUGGCCAUGGCUGAGGCGCAGAGAGGGGUGGUGAAUGGCCCAGGGUAACACAGUCACAACCCCAGAGCUAGGAGCUGCUGGCUCCCUUCUGGCACUUGACUCCUAGCCAACUGGGGGGCGGAGCAGAGGUGGAGCUAGGGAGACCCAGGUGGCCUCUCUGAAAACCAGACUACAGGCGGCAGAGUGGCCUGGAGCAGCAUGAAGCAGAGCUGGGGACCAGAGCUGCUCAUCCUGGGAGCAGUGGUUCUCAUGGAGGGUGAGCCACCCAUGUUUGGGUAGGGGAGUGGUAUGGUAGGUGUUCAGGGGCCACCCUCUGCCCCAGCAGCCUUGCAGCCUGGUGUGUAUGUGAGGGGCAUGCCUAGGGGAGCGAUGGUCUGCCUGUGGCGAUGUAACCAUGUCUGGCUGUGUAUCAGAGGAGGUGUAUGUGGCCACCUUUGUCAAAAUGCGUGUGAUUUUCUAGGGCUAGAUUACAAUCUAUGUCUGCAGUCAUUAUGCCUGUGUGUGUACCCUGUGCCCGUCUGCCUAUCUACUUCCAGAAUGACCUUAGGCAAGUUCUGGGGGCCCUUUGGCCUCAGUCUCCCCGUCUCUACAUAUGUCCCAUCUUUCCUGGCCCAGAUGUUUCUGUGCCUGUGAUGGGGAAGAGGCAGGGUAGGGGAUCCUUUGGUAAAGUCUCUGGUGGUUUGUGGAAAGGUAGGGGAGUCUGAGUUGUCAGAACAAGGGUGGGGACUCUCAAUCUCUUGGAGCCCUCCCCCACUCAGACAUGACGUCGGCCUCUAAUCCUUCCUCUUAGGCCUUCACGACUGAGGGCACAAUUAAGCUAAUGCUCUCCACAUAUACAGGCCGCCUCCCUGACUCAGUGGCGGGGGCUGGAGUUAGGGGAUCUGAAGCCUGGAGGAAGUUGGGACUAGUCCCAAGAUGAACCCUGGCCCUGCUUCUCAGACUCAGGAGUGCUGAGCACAGCUGAGGGAGGAGAAUUAAUUACUGAGUGUACGCUCUGAAUAGGUUCCAAUAAAAGCUGUUUCUUGGCCUCAUAUAUUUUCAUUCUGGGAGGGGCUGGUAAGGUAGCCACACAGUCAUAGGCAAGGACCCAGGGCCCAUCCCCCCAAACCUAUCCCUUCCACCAAGGCUGGGCCAUGCAGGUAAGACUCCCCUAAGUCUCAUCUGUGUCUCUUUCUUCCCAGGUCUUCAAGCAGCUCAGCACGUAUGUGGGCAGCGUGGCCCUGGCCCCCCCGAGCCUCAGGAGGGCAUCACAGCACCUGGGCAGCAGUGACAGAACUGAACUCCUGGUCAGUUGUCCUGGGUUCUCUGCAACGUGAGGAGCUGAGCCCAGGGGCCGAGGAGGUGGGGGUGACCGCCCUGCAGCUGCCGAGGGCCUAUAACCACUACAGCCAAGGCUCAGACCUGGCCCUGCUCCGACUCGCCCACCCCAUGGCCCGCACACCCCUCUGCUUGCCUCAGUCUACCCAUCGCUUUCCUUUUGGGACCUCCUGCUGGGCUACUGGCUGGGAUCAGGAUACCAAUGAUGCUCCCAGGACUCUACGGAAUCUGCGCCUGCGUCUAAUCAGCCGCCCCACAUGUAACUGUCUCUACAACCGGCUGCACCAGCGGCUGCUGGCCAGCCCAGCUCGGCCUGGGAUGCUGUGUGGGGGCGCCCAGCCUGGGGUGCAGGGGCCCUGUCAGGGAGAUUCUGGGGGCCCCGUGGUGUGCCGUGAGCCUGAUGGACAUUGGGUUCAGGCUGGGAUCAUCAGCUUUGCAUCAAGCUGUGCCCAAGAAGACACUCCUGUGCUGCUGACCAACAUGGCUGCUCACAGCUCCUGGCUGCAGGCUCGAGCUCAGGGGGCAGCCUUCCUGUCCCAGAACCCAGAGACCCCAGAGAUCAGUGAUGAGGACAGCUGUGUAGCCUGUGGAUCCUUGAGGAGAGGAGGUCCCCAGGCAGGAGCCCCCUCCCCAUGGCCCUGGGAUGCCAGGCUGAAGCACCAGGGGAAGCUGGCCUGUGGUGGAGCCCUGGUGUCAGAGGAGGUAGUGCUGACUGCUGCCCACUGCUUCAUUGGGCGCCAGACCCCAGAGGAAUGGAGCAUAGGGCUGGGGACCGGACCAGAGGAAUGGGGCCUGAAGCAGCUCAUCCUACAUGGGGCUUAUACCCACCCAGAGGGGGGCUACGAUGUGGCACUCCUGCUGCUGGCCCAACCUGUGACACUGGGCCCCAGCCUUCGGCCCCUCUGCCUGCCGUAUGCCGACCACCACCUGCCUGAUGGGGAACAUGGCUGGGUCCUGGGGCUGCCCCGCCAAGAAGCAGGUGCCAGCUCCCCUCAGACAGUGCCUGUGACCCUCUUGGGACCCAGGGCCUGCAGCCGGCUGCAUACAGCUCUUGGGAGCGACAGUAUCCCCAUUCUGCCAGGAAUGGUGUGUACCAGUGUUGUGGGUGAGCCGCCCCACUGUGAGGGCCUGUCCGGGGCACCACUGGUGCACGAGGUGAGGGGCACAUGGUUCCUGGCUGGGCUACACAGCUUUGGAGAUGCCUGCCAAGGCCCUGCAAGGCCUGCAGUCUUCGCGGCACUUCCCGCCUAUGAGAACUGGGUCAGCAGUUUGGACUGGCAGGUCUAUUUUGCUGAGGAGCCAGAGCCCGAGGCAGAGACUGGAAGCUGCUUGGCUAACAUGAGUACGUGGCCCUGGGGCCUCCCUGCUAACACUUCCCUCUCCAGACCCAUUCUCUCUCAAUCCAGGGAAAGAUCCGUUCUGACCCAACCUCUUGCUGCCCUGGGUGGGGUAGUGGACAUAAUUCUGGUUCCUCAUCAUUGUGACUUGGAGCAGGCCUCAACUUCUUCAAACCUCAGUUUUCUCAUCUGUCAUAGGGGUUAAAGUAGCACCUUCUUCCUCUUCCUUCCAGGGAGGGAAGAAAAGUUUUGAGGAUGAGGCCAACCCCACCCUCCUUCCUCUUCCUGACAGGCAAACCAGCUGGCUGUUGACAGGUGGCUCUGGGAUGCUGCAGACGCAGUGAGACAAUUCCUGCAUCACUGCCCCUGUACCUCCCCCAUUCCCUCCACCCACGCAUGAUUCCAGGCACUGGGGCAGGCCCAGCAGCCCCGUGGGCUCUGGGAAGGAGCACGCCUGGACCAGCAACUGCCCUUACUCCCCACCCUGCAGGCCAGGGAGAUGUCGCC